UCGGGAGCGAGCUCGGACCAGGGGCUGAGUUGCGUCAGUGCCGCGCGCGUGCACGUCCCUGGGCGCGCGUACCCUGGCCAACCCUGGGGCCCCGGCAGGGUUGCAAAAUGAUGGAAGAGGCGGAGGCAGAGGCGACCGAGUGUUGAGUGGAACCUGCAGAUUCUUUCGAGAUGGGUUCGGGCGCGGGCUCGCCCUCUGGGACCCUCCGUUUCCAGUGGUUGCUGUUGUUUGGCCUAGUGGGCCCAGUUUUCGGUGGGGAGCGGCCAGGCUUUCGACAGACCUCACAUCUUUCUUCUUAUGAAAUUAUAACUCCUUGGAGAUUAACUAGAGAACGAAGAGAAGCUCCUAGGCCCUAUUCAAAACAGGUAUCUUACGUCAUUCAGACUCAAGGAAAAGAGCACAUUAUUCACUUGGAAAGGAACACAGACCUUUUGCCUAAAGAUUUUGUAGUUUAUUCCUACAAUGAGGAAGGGACUCUGAUCUCUGACUAUCCCAAUGUACAGAAUCAUUGUCAUUAUCGGGGCUAUGUGGAGGGAGUUUAUAAGUCAUCCGUUGCUCUUAGUGACUGUUUUGGACUCAGAGGAUUGCUACAUUUAGAGAAUGCCAGUUAUGGGAUUGAACCCCUGCACAACAGCUCUCGCUUUGAGCACAUGUUAUAUCGAAUGGAUGAUGUCCACAAAGAGCCUCUGAAAUGUGGAGUUUCUAACAAGGAUAUAGAGGAGGAAACCACAGAGGAUAGAGAGGAAGAUCAUCCCAGCAUGACUCAGCUGCUUCGAAGAAGGAGAGCUGUCCUGCCACAGACCCGAUAUGUGGAGCUGUUCAUUGUUGUAGACAAAGAAAGGUAUGACAUGAUGGGGAAAAAUCAGACUGCUGUGAGAGAAGAGAUGAUUCGUUUAGCAAACUACUUGGAUAGUAUGUAUAUUAUGUUAAAUAUUCGAAUUGUGUUAGUUGGACUGGAGAUUUGGACAAAUGGAAACUUGAUUAAUAUAAUUGGAGGAGCUGGUGAUGUGUUGGGGAACUUUGUACAGUGGCGGGAAAAGUUUCUUAUAACACGUCGGAGACAUGACAGUGCACAGUUAGUGCUAAAGAAAGGAUUUGGUGGGACUGCAGGAAUGGCAUUUGUGGGAACAGUGUGUUCAAGGAGCCACGCGGGCGGGAUUAAUGUGUUUGGGCAAAUUACUGUGGAGACCUUUGCAUCCAUUGUUGCUCAUGAGUUGGGUCAUAACCUUGGAAUGAAUCAUGAUGACGGGAGAGAUUGUUUCUGUGGAGCUAAGAGCUGCAUCAUGAACUCAGGGGCCUCAGGUUCAAGAAACUUUAGCAGUUGCAGUGCAGAAGACUUUGAAAAGUUAACUCUAAAUAAAGGAGGAAACUGCCUUCUUAAUAUUCCAAAGCCUGAUGAAGCCUAUAGCGCACCCUUCUGUGGUAAUAAAUUGGUGGACCCUGGGGAAGAAUGUGACUGUGGUACUCCAAAGGAAUGUGAGUUGGACCCUUGUUGUGAAGGAAGUACAUGUAAACUUAAAUCAUUUGCUGAAUGUGCUUAUGGUGACUGUUGUAAAGACUGCCGGUUCCUUCCAGRAGGUUCUUUAUGCCGAGGAAAAACCAAUGAAUGUGAUGUUCCAGAGUAUUGCAAUGGUUCUUCUCAGUUCUGUCAGCCCGAUGUUUUUAUUCAGAAUGGAUUUCCUUGCCAGAAUAACAAAGCCUAUUGUUACAAUGGCAUGUGCCAAUAUUAUGAUGCGCAGUGUCAAGUCAUCUUUGGUUCAAAAGCCAAGGCUGCCCCAAGAGAUUGCUUCAUUGAAGUGAAUUCUAAAGGUGACAGAUUUGGCAAUUGUGGUUUCUCUGGCAAUGAGUACAAGAAGUGUGCCACUGGAAAUGCUUUGUGUGGAAAGCUUCAGUGUGAGAAUGUACAAGAGAUGCCUGUAUUUGGAAUUGUGCCUGCCAUUAUUCAAACACCUAGUCGAGGCACCAAAUGUUGGGGCGUGGAUUUCCAGUUAGGAUCAGAUGUUCCAGAUCCAGGGAUGGUGAAUGAAGGCACAAAAUGUGAUACUGGAAAGAUCUGUAGGAACUUCCAAUGUGUAAAUGCUUCUGUUCUGAAUUAUGACUGUGAUGUUCAGGAAAAGUGUCAUGGACAUGGGGUAUGUAAUAGCAAUAAGAAUUGUCACUGUGAAGAUGGCUGGGCUCCCCCAAAUUGUGAGACUAGCGGAUACGGAGGAAGCGUGGACAGUGGACCUACGUACAAUGGAAGGAACACUGCACUGAGGGAUGGACUUCUGGUGUUCUUCUUCCUAGUUGUUCCCCUUAUUGCCCUUGCCACUUUUCUCUUCAUCAAGAGAGAUGAAUUACGGAAAACCUACUUCAGAAAGAAGAGAUCACAAACAUAUGAAUCAGAUGGCAAAAACCAAGCAAGUGUUUCUAGACAGCCAGUGAGUGCUCCUCGUCAUGUUUCUCCAGCAACGACUCCUAGAGAUGUUCCAAUACAUGCAAACAGAUUUCCAGUACCAACUUAUGCGGUCAAGCAGCCUCAGCAGUUUCCGUCAAGGCCACCUCCACCACAACCUAAAGUAUCAUCUCAGGGAAAUUUAAUUCCUGCUCGUCCUGCUCCUGCACCUCCUUUAUAUAGUUCCCUCACUUGAUUUUAUAUCCUUCUUUUUGCAAAUGUCUUCAGGGAAGUGAGCUGAUACUUUUCUUUUCCUGACAUUUUCUUGAAAAGCCUUUCUUCCUUUUGCAACUAUGAAUGAAAACAAAAUACCACAAAACAAACUUUACUAACACAGAAAACCAGAAAUGGAGCGGGGAGUUGAGAAAUACAAGGAAAUGCAGUUAAGCCAGGGAAUUUAGAGUAACGUUUCCAUUGCCAUCACUGAAUGCGUCUUAUCUGAUCAUCUAUGAUGUUAAUGCACUUAACAUGAAUCAUGUUAUUUUGUACAUGUCAUUACAGUGAUUCUCAAAUUCACUGUAUUGUUGUAAGAUUUGUCAUUAUUUGCUUAAAUGUAAUCUUGAAUUUUUGACCUUAGUUAUCAUUAAUGUAGCUUUUGGUGAAACAUGUGGUAAUCUAAUACCUAGGACAAUUGACUAAUUAGCUGCCAAUAUUAUCUAAUACUUUCAUCUUGCACGGAUUAAUAAUGAUAGUAUACUAGAAUUUUGUCUCUCAUUCACUACAUGAAUAAAUAUUCUGUCUUCAGAAUGCACACGAGCCACAAUUAAGAUAUUAUAUUAUUUUGAAAGUACAAACUAUGCUAAAAGAAUGUGUGUAUUCACACUCAAUUAUUAGCUUCCCUUUUUAUGAUUGUCAACUAAAAUGACUAUUAGAAAAAUUAAUUUAAUAUUAGAAUUUCUAUUAUGCAUCAUGUUAAAGCACGGCAUCCUUUCACAGUAGCAUUAUUUUAAAUUAUAAGCUUUAAGGUACGAGGUAUUUAAUAGAUCUAAUCAGAUAUUCUGUUGACUCAUGGCUAUAAUAAAGCAGGAGCAAUUAUAAUAUGUUCAAUCAGUUGAGCUAUUGUAAAACCACUUGAGAAUUUCAUGAGCACUUUAAGUAUAAAAUCUGAAUUUUCAAAGCUUGAUAUUAAAUCAUUUAGAAUGUUUACAUUUACUAUGGUGUGCUAGAUCCUAUCUCUUUUGACUCUAAUAUUUUCAUAAAAAUUAGACUGAGAAAGGAAGAAAAGGUUUUCUUGGAUAAGUACUAAACUUAAUGUGGUAUCUGUGAGUUAUUAGCUGUGUUAAAAAUGAAUUUUUCUAUGGAAGAAAUGGUAUGGACAACAAAAUUUUAAAAACUUAAAAUUUUUUCAUAACCUUUCAUAAUAAAGUUUAAUAGGUUUAUUAACUGAAUUUCAUUAGUUUUUAAAAUUUUUUUGUUUGUGUAUAUAUACAUAUGGAAAUAUAACAUUUACAAUAAAUAAAAUACUUGAAAAUCU